CCCGGAUGUGGCCCAUUUCACAACAUAACGGAAAGUGGGUGCUCCAGAAAGCCGGUCCGGUGGAUCCCGCGACCGUUGCGGAUGGUUCCGGGCAGGACGACGUUCCGGGCCAUUUCCUCGCUGCUGCUUCCGCCUCCGCGAUGGCCUCCCCCGGGCACCGGGACGCGCCGGAGCUGCCGGAUUUCGGCCUCCUGAAGCGCCUGGCCCGGGACCAGCUGGUCUACCUCCUGGAGCAGCUCCCUGGAAAGAAGGACCUUUUCAUCGAGGCCGACCUCAUGAGCCCCUUGGACCGCAUCGCCAACGUCUCCAUCCUCAAGCAACACGAAGUGGACAAGCUCUACAAAGUGGAGAGCAAGCCAGCCCACAGCAACAGUGACCAAUUGUGCUUUUUGAUCCGGCCGCGAAUCAAGACUGUGAAAUAUGUGGCAGACAUAGUCAAUGCCGAUAAGGCUGCUGGACGGACUCGCAAGUACAAGAUUAUCUUCAGCCCUCAGAAGUUCUAUACCUGCGAGAUGGUGCUGGAGGAAGAAGGGAUCUAUGGAGACGUGACCUGGGAUGAGUGGAACUUCUACCUUCUCCCUCUGGACGACGACAUCCUCAGCAUGGAACUGCCGGAAUUCUUCCGCGACUAUUUCCUGGAAGGGAACCAGCGCUGGAUGAACACUAUGGCCCAGGCCUUGCACCUGCUCAGCUCCCUCUUCGGCCCCUUCACCAGGAUCUAUGGAAUCGGCCGGUGUGCCAAGAUGACCCAAGAACUCUGGCGUGACAUCAUGGAAGAGAGCGAGGUGGACAAUGUGGGCCGGAAGCCAGAGAUGGGCUCUGUAUUCCUCAUGGACAGAGAUGUGGAUUACGUCACGGCCCUUUGCUCCCAGGUGGUCUACGAGGGCCUGGUGGACGACACCUUCCGUAUCAAGUGUGGGAGCGUGGACUUUGGCCCAGAGAUCACCUCCUCUGACCGGAGCAUCAAGGUGCUGCUAAAUGCCCAGGACAAGGUAUUCAGCCAGAUCCGCAACGAGCACUUUUCCAGCGUCUUUGGCUUCCUGAGCCAGAAGGCCCGGAACCUCCAGUCCCAGUAUGACCGGCGGCGCGGGAUGGACAUCAAGCAGAUGAAGGACUUUGUCUCCCAGGAGCUGAAGGGCUUGAAGCAGGAGCACCGCCUGCUCAGCCUCCAUAUUGGGGCCUGUGAGUCCAUUAUGAAGAAGAAGACUAAGCAGGAUUUCCAAGAACUCCUGAAGACGGAGCACGCCCUCCUGGAAGGCUUUGACAUCCGCGAGAGCAUCAGCUUCAUUGAGGAGCACAUUAACCGGCAGGUCUCCCCCAUCGAGAGCCUGCGAAUGCUGUGCCUCUUGUCCAUCACAGAGAACGGGCUGCCCCCCAAGGACUACCGCUCCCUGAAGACCCAGUAUCUCCAGAGCUAUGGCCCAGAGCACCUGCUGACUUUUCACAACCUGAAGAGCCUGGGCAUCCUGACCGAGCAGGUUCCGGGGGAAGCCGUGACGGCCGUGGAGAACAAGGUCAGCCGGCUGGUGACCGACCGAGCGGCAGGGAAGCUCUCGGACGCCUUCAGUUCCCUGGCCAAGAAGAGCCACUUCCGGAGCAUCAGCAAGAAGCUGGGCCUGAUCCCGCGAGUGGAUGGCGAGUACGACCUGAAGGCGCCCCGGGACAUGGCCUACGUCUUCAGCGGAGCCUACGUCCCCCUGAGCUGCAAGAUUAUAGAGCAGGUCUUGGAGCGCAAGAGCUGGCUGGGCCUAGAGGAGGUGACGCGGCUCCUUGGGGCCAAUGAAUUCCUGGCCACAGCUGGAGAGGAGAGCCCUGCCUGGGACUCCCAGCGCGUGGUCCUGGCCGUCUUCCUGGGAGGCUGCACUUUCUCUGAAAUCUCGGCUCUUCGCUUCCUGGGCAGAGAAAAAGGGCUCCGGUUUGUGUUCCUGACCACAGCCAUCACCAACAGCGUCCGGCUGCUGGAGGCCACAAUGGAGGCCAAAGCAUGAUCAGCUGAUUUGUAUUUAUUUAUUGAAUUCAUAAACAAACAACAAACUCCUCCA